AAACAAGAAUGAUUCUAGCUAUCUUCUGCAAUCCACGUUUGAGCUGCAUGAGGUAGUUUAGACCUUCUGAUUUGCUUUCUUGGAGUGAUUUGUCUUUGUUGUGUGUGUGUAGUCAUGUGGGAACCGUGUCGCGUGUGCGGUGAUGGUGUGCCUGGUGCACAGCGCCGGACGUUAUUUGAUACAUGUGGACAUUUACGGCCUGCUGUGGUUCUGGCCCAUGUUUUGGGGUGCAAUCUUCAUCGAGAUGGGAGAAGUGAACUUCUUUGUAGGAAGUGCAUGUUCCUGCUGGAGUGCGUGGUGCGGUGCGACAUCACCAUUGAAGACCUGCAGAAAACACACACUGCAGAGUUGCAACUCCUGCAGUGUGAGAGAUCAAGACUGGGCAUGCUGAUAAUGCAGAAGUACUGGCGAAAUAACUUGCAAGAACAGGAUUGGUGUGAAAAGCAUAAAACAGCGAAUCAGGAGUUUCAGCACCAACCAGCACGUGACCAUAGCUUUGAACAGCUACAAAAGGAAACUCAUAAGAAAAGUGAGUUGAAACAUUGGCAAAAUGAGGCUAAGCACCUUGAGAGGCCUAAAAGCCAGCAUAAUAAAUUGGAUCGAUGCCUCAUUGGAGGGACUACAGGGACUGCACAUCCUAGAUCAAAGAUCAACAUUUUAAAGGAACGUGAAGGUCAACUUCAGCAAAAGAAUCAGGCUCUGUUGAGGCGCAGUGCAUCACUCGGUGUUGGGCAGAGUUUUUUAGCUCAGAAUUGCAGGUUUUCUACGUUUAAAGCUGACCGCAUGGUGGGAGCUGGUGUUUCUUAUCCAAGCCACGAGUAUUCAGAUCUCAUCCACAAGAAGUCUGCUUUAACAUCAUGCACAGUUUCUGUCAGCCAUACUCCGGCCAUUACUACACUUCCACAUCUCAGGCAGACACAGACAAUCAGAGGCAGGUUAUUGCGGUUGAGUGAUUUACCUCAGUUGCUGCGGAGCAUUAGGCCCCGCCCACUGCCACAGACUAUGGGCACUAGGAUUCCCAUCAAAUUAAAACCAAAUGAUGCGUUUGAGCCUGCCGACAUUGCUAAAGCCAGAGUGGUGAGGGCAGAACAAACUGUGAGAGAGCUGGAGGAGGCAUUUAAUGAUGAAUACCUAUCUCUUAAACCAGAGAUGUCUGUUGUUAAGCAGGAUGAGCUGAACAUGUUGCAGCAGAGAACCAGACAGCUGACUGAAGAGCUUAACUCUACAAAGAGCAGCAGUCAAACACUAAAACAGAGACUGGAGGAGAUGGACAGAGAGAACAAGACUCUUUCUGGACAGCUAGAGGAAAGGGAGAUCGAGCUGGCUGCAGAAAAGAAAAACGCCUUGAAGCGAGACAAGACUAUUCAGGGCCUGAGCAUCCUACUUAAAGAGAAAGAACGACAGGUCGAUGAGUUGUAUGGGAAUCUAGAAGAGAAAGAACAGGCCUUAACCAAGGCCAGGGAAGCUCUUCAUAAAGCUCAUUUACAGAAAUACCAGGGUGGUGAGGAACAACAGGCCCUGUUACAGUCACAGCAUGCCGAGCUGUCUCGUCUACAGGCAGAGUGCCAUUCAUCACUGCUGGAGCUUCAGAGGCUACAGCGUGCACUCAGCAGUAAAGACGCACAGAUGGAGGUACUGCAACAAGACAAACUGCAGCUGGAGAAUGAACUGGAGCUGCUACAGCAGCACAAAAGAAAAGGAGACAAGACCAUUAAUGACCUGCAGAAUCAGCUGAAAAAGCUGAGCGGAGAGCUGGCAGAGAUGGAGAACCUUCUAGAGCAUCAAAGUCUUGCGCAACAAGAGCAGACCCGCACAAUAGAACAUAAAAUGCAGAGCACAAUACAACAUUUAACAACUAGCCUCACAAAGAAAGAACAACAGCUACAGGAAUACAUGAGCAUGGUGCAGGAUCUGGAGCAGGAUCGAGCUUCGACAGGAAGUGAUGUAAUGCUGGCCAAACUCCGAGAGAAACUAAGGGAAAAGGAGAAAGCUCUGGAGAAAGCACUAGAGGAAAAGUUUGUGGCAGUCGAGGAGAAAGAGAAUGAAAUUCAUCUGCUACAGCUAAGCAUGAGAGAAAAGGAAAGAGAUUUGGAGCGCCUCAAUAACCUCCUUACACAUAAUGAGGAGACUGUUAAUAGCUUUGAUGCAUUAUUAAAAGAGAAAGACAUGGAAUUGCAGCAGCUACUGAACUCGUUGAAAAACCUGCAGCGCUCUAAACAGGAGAGUGAAGAGAACCUGCAAAGAGCUCUGAGAGAGAAAGAUUUCAUCAUCCAGCAGCUCAAAACUAAAGACAUGGAGGACAUGGCUAGUACAGUUCUUAGUCAGCCAGAGUCUCAUGGAGAUGAUCUUGCAGAUCAGAUGGGUCAGAGGUUAAAAGUCACAGAGGAUAGGUUGGCUGAGGCAGUUAAGCACAGAGAAAGGCUGUUGUGUGAAAACCAGACAGCUGUUGAGAACCUUCUGGCCUCGAUCAGCAGCAAAGACCAGCUUCUCAAGGAGAAUGCAGAGCGACAUACACAGGCUCUCUCUGAUCGGGCAGCGGAGUUGUUGGAUCUGCGCAGACAGCUCGCAGACACCCAGCUGCAACUUAGCAAUGCUCAGAACCUCAGUGCUGCACUGAAUGAGAAGGAUGUGCUCAUUAAUAAGCUUUUGGACCGUGCCCAGGAGAGAGAACACUGUCUGAGUGAGACAAAGGCAGGAGAGGCGGCACCCCCUCAGGUGGUAGAGCUUAGACAUACUAUUAAGGUGCUGCAACAGAGACUGGAAGAGAAGGAGGCUGAACUGUCUCAGCGGCACAGUGAGGAAAACACGGAGACAUCUCUUACAGUCAAUAAGAGACCUGCUGUAAUACUGAAGAAAGAGCUUUCCCAGAAAACAGAAGCUCUCAACAGUGCUCUGAAGAGAGAAAAUCAGCUUAAGAUGUCUCUUGCUGAGCUUCAGUCCACUGUGUCAGAGCUGGAAGGCCGACUAGAGGGUCAAACAACCAGUAUUGAGUCUCUCAAAUCCACUAUCAGUACUAAAGAUGAAAUUAUUUCUGAGCUACAGCAGCAUUUGGCCCAGAUGGGGAUGAGGCAAUCAGCUACAACCCAUGAUCACCAAUCGCAUUAUGCAGAGGAGCUCAGUUUCCGCUCUCUUCCACAAAGAGAGAGAACCGUCAUCGGGGGAGAUAGACAGCAGCAGCAGGAGAAGUCAUCUCUGGGUGACCUGUGCUCCGAGCAGGCACAGCUAAACCACAUCCUGAGGGAAGAGCAACAUCUCUACACCAAGCUUGUUCAUGCAGUCAAAGAGCAAGACAGUGCUCAGCGGCUGCAGGCACUACAACUGGAGCUGACUGCUGUGACACUCCUCAGGCAACAGCUGGAAGACGGCGUGCGUAACAACAAUGAGCUCCGAGAGCAGCUGUGCCGAGAGAUCCAGAGAGUUAUUCAGAGAGAAGGUGUGGACCCUGCAGAGCUGGAGAAUAUGCGAGAUGCUCUAGAAGAAGCUCAGCGCUGGAACACAUCUCUACAAGCCCGACUUGGCCAGAUCCAGAGCAGAGGAGGAGGAGUAGGACAGGCUAAUGACAUGGACGACACACUGAGUCUGAUAGGGGAUCAGACAUCCUAUAUGAGUAUAUGUGUAGGGGAGAAGCAAGAUGAGGAGCUGCAGCAUCUUUCUGUAGAACAACUCAGGCUGAAGGUGUCAGAGCUACAGGCAAAAAAUGCAGAGCUGCAGAAAAGGUUGGCAAUGGCAGAGAGAGACAUUAUGGAUAAUGCUCAGAGAGAGUCGCAGGAACAACUCGACCACAUUGGCUUUUCACCUGCUAGCACGCAGCCACAGGGACUGGCCAGACCACUAGCUGUUAAUGCUAACAAGAGGCCAUUUUCCCCCAGUGUCAAGGAGACAGGUGAUGACAUUCUUGAAGCCCAAAGAAGGAUGGCAAGUUCUCCCUUAUCAUUGCCACUGAAUGAUAAUGGAAACUCCCCAUAUGUUCCUGGUUACCAGGGUGAGAAUGAGCAGGCAGAACUUGCAUCCUUACUUAGAGACUGUGGAGCAGAGUCUGUUUCUCAACUCCGGGAGCAGAUAAAUAAACUACGUUCAGAAAUGACAAAGCUUGGUGUUCUCCUGAAGGAAGAAAACUCAGCUGAGUCCAAAGAGAGUGCUGAAAGUUCAGGAGAGAACGACAGCAAUACAAACCUUCACCGGACUGUGCAGACCCUCCGCUCAGAGGCCCGGAGUCACAGAAAAGUUGUUCGGCUCUUGAAGGAACAGCUACAUCGCAAUGCAAAAGCAAAGGCAGAUGGUGGGCCAGGGAUUGAUGCAGUAGUGAGUGACAGCAUGGAUCGCAGGAUGGAGCGUCUGAGGGAGGAGCACGAGGCCACUUUGAGACAUGCCGAGAGCCUGGAGGACAGGCUAAUGGAGAUACAAAACCGAGAAAGAAAUGAGGGCCGAGAACAAGAAGAAGAGAGAGAAAGAAAAAAGAAAGGCAGACAAGAUCAAAGCAAGAAGUUGAAACAUGGAGCAUACACAAAAUCACGGUUGCCAGUAGCAGUGAGACCUGCAAAGCAAAGGGACAGGCAGAGGCAGACUUAUUAUGAAACAGAGGAAAGUUCUGAACAACUUAGUACAACAGAUUCUGAGCAGCAUAGCCAAAGUAACAGAGUCCUCAGUGGAGCAUUACAUCAAAGUUCUCCAGGUAGCAGUUUUGAGGCUCUUUGGGAUUCUGAGUUCAGGCGAAGCGCAUACCCUGAGACUAAACAAAACAGUGAUGCCAGGCAAAAUUUAAAGAAUGUAUCUGACUUUCCACAGUCAGAACUCUUAUCUCAGCUGGAGUUACUGAACCUGGAAUGCCAGGAGAAGGAAGCGUUCAUCUCCAAACUUCAGUUUCAGAUGCAGAAUUUGGAAGAGCUCCAAGCUGAGCUUCAAGAGAAGGAACGAUUGAAUGGUCAAUACCUGGAAGCCUUGCAUGCUGCUGAGUCCACAAUUGCAUACCUUACAGCUUGUAACCUGGAUUCUGUAAGUGGCCUGGGCCAGCCCAGUUUGGGAUCUGAUUCAUCACUGCAACGGCAGUGCACUGAGCUUCAAAAAGCUGUCCAGGAAAAAGAUCAACUCAACAUUCAGCUGCUAGAGUGCUUAAACACAGCUGAGGCUGCCAUUGCCUCACUGACCUCAACUGAUCAGUCUGAAAGUGCUUUCUCUUGUCAGAAUGACCCACAAGCCUUGUGUGAGAGGCUUGAGUUCCUGCUCAACCAGAUCAAGGCCUUGCAGGAUAAGAAACAAGCCUCCACAGUCACUCCUAAGGAGUUGCUUUGCCCAGAUGGAGGUUCAGCAUCAGACCUGCAACGCCAAGCUGAAACUCUUCAGGAAUCACUGUUGCAGCAGUGCAGGCUGAAUGCAGAGUUACAGGAAAAACUCAGGACUGCAGAAGAAACUAUUACCAAACUGUGUGCUCAACAAAGCAGCAUUACCAAUGGCCAGGAGUUGAUUUGCAGCUACAAGUGCACAAGUCCACAAGAGGAUAUAAUAAAUGAAUAUGAAGAGGGACAGCAAAGACUGGCUGCGUGUCUUUCUGAGUGUAUUUUUGCAGCAGAACAAGCAGUAGGGUCUCUUGCAGAUUAUCAUUUAAGGACCGAUCAGAUUUUGUAUAGUCCUGAAAUCUUGACCAACACAGAGUUUGAACAGAACUUAGACAGGCUUCAGAAGGCACUUUUGGAAAGAGACAGGUUUGUGAACUCUGGCAGUACAGAUAUAAGCCACAGCACUAUUGUGGGUCCAUUUCAACACAAAAUAGUACAGCACUCCUUACAGAUUUCAGCUGCUGCACAGCAGAAGACAAGCACCCCAAUUUCACAAGGACAGCAGGGGCAACAGAAAAUAUCAGAAACUUGGGAUCCUGAUCAAUCAGGAAGUCCACACUUGAACCUCCACAAAAAUCUAACAAUUAUUGUCCAGAUCUUUAAACAGCAUGCUCAGAAGAUUCAGGAGCUGGAGGAGGCACUUAAAGUUGAGCAAGACCUUAAAGGACACAGUGGCUUAAAGCAUGAGGAUGUUGUGCAGUUGGAGAACUUGCAGAAGGCCUUAAAAGAGAAGCAGAAAAUGUGUCAGAAGCUGGAGGAGAAACUGGCUUCUGCUCAGUCCAUCAUUGCUCUGCAGAACUCAUCCAAGAGCGAUAAACACUCUGAGAGAUGCAAAGCACCUCAUAGUGAACAGGAUGAUAAAGGCAUUCAGGUGGAUACACAGGACCUGGGCUACGAGACAAGUGGAAGGAGUGAGACGGAGGUGGAAAGAGAAGAGGGCAGUAGCACAGAUGUAGAUGGUGGUGUGUGUUUGGACCCUGCUCUCUCCGAAUUCACCUCAGCAGACAAUCUGGACAUGACAGCAUCCAGCCCAUCUUACCCAAGCUCACCUGAUAGCUCUCCCCGUCUUCAUGAUCCCAAUUCUGACCCCACACAUGAGCUCUUGCAACUCAGGUCACAGGUCAAAAGUCAGCAAAAGGUUAUUGCCCAACUUCAGCGACUGCUGCCCAUUAAGUGCCUGACUGCCAAGGUUUUGACUUCUGACCCAGCAAUAAGCUGUGAGGAAGAGGAGGAAAGUGCAACAAUGAAGGCACGGAUUUCCCAGCUUAGCGUUGAACUGGAGAGAGAGCGCACAAUCAACAGGAGUAAUGAGUCUGCUUCUCCAUCCCGGAUGGAGUCUCUGGUGCAGUCUCAGGCACGAGAGUUGUGUGAAUUACGUGAGCAAAUAAGAGUUUCACAAACACUUGGUGCUGAACAGCGCAAGCAGCUGCUGGACCUUCGGGGGGCAAUAGAGGAGCUGAUGCAACCCAACGAUGGGCAAAGUGUCAUAAGCACAACACUCCAAAAACACCUGGACCGGAGUCUCAGCCUACUGGACAAACUGGAACAAGCAGGCUCUCCUGUGGACUUGCAAGGUCUAGAGCUGUUUCAGAGAUUUACAGUAGAGCUCCAGGAGAAGGAGAAGGUCAUUCGGCAGCUGAAGGAUCAGCUGCUUGGCAAAGUUCCUAGUAUGCACCAGGAGUUAGAAUCUGAGAUGAGUGACGGGAUCUCUAACAGCAGUACUGUUUCUGUUCACGACAGCCUGCACGACCUUCACACCCUCACGGCCAGUGGAGCAACUGAAGGUUUGAAGUCAACCGGUGGAAAGAGUGUUCCUGAAGCUGAUCCCCAUCCUUCAUCAGUUUGUGUGGCUGCUGAUUUGACUAGAUCUCAGGGUGAAGAGGGAAAUGUUUAUAAUCUACAGAAGGAUAACAGUCGUCUACAAGAACAGCUGAGAAAGAGCGAAGAGCUUAACGCCACACUGAGGAGCGAGCUCGACCUCACUCACUCCAUCCUUACACACACACAGAGUCAGAACAUCAUGCUGACCAAACACACUCAAAGCAGCUCGUCAGUCACACACACACACUCCCAGAGCCGAGCUACAGACAGCCAGCAGGCUCAGCAUGAGUCAGUCCUAACAAGUAUCAGCUCAGAUUUGUUAAUGGAGCACCUGCAGGAGAUUCGAGCUCUACGUCAGCGCUUGGAGGAAACAAUCCACACCAACGAGAGACUACGAGAGCAGCUGGAGCGAAAACUUCAGCAGGCUGAUAGAGACCCAGCAGAUACUCACAUCUUUAUUGCUGGGUCAGAAGAUGCAAGUAAGCUGAACAGUGAUAUCCAUUACCUUUGGGCUCAGAACCACACACUUAAAGAACAACUUAACCAGGCAGCAAGAGAUAAACAGAAAGAGAAUGACUGUCUGAGAGAGACUUUGUCAAGGCGCACAGCCAAACUUGAUCUCAGCAGAAAAGAGUGUGAAAUGCUGCGUGAGGAACGCACACACUUGCAGAACAACCUGUACAGGCUGCAAUGUGAGCAAAAGCUCCAAAAGCAACAGUUGGUAGACACUCAGCAACUUCUGCAAUCAGUGCAAGUUGAACUCCAGGUGCAUGAACAGAUCAGGAACUCAGUAAACACCCACACAGAGGAGCGUGGUGGUUCAGAGUCUUCUGACGUGGAUCUGAGGGAGUUGUUGAGUGAAGUCCGGCAUCUUCGUCUACAGCUUGAGAGAAGUAUCCAGACCAACACAGCACUGAGACACAAACUGGAACAACAACUACUAACCCAAACUGAUCCUCCAUCUACCAUCAACAUCAACUAUCUACUCCCUCAAGCAGAUGAAGGAAGUAAAUCAGAGAUGCAACGUCAGCACUCACACACGGACCCCUCUAGUGCUGCAUAUGACAGCUGUAGCUCUGUGCGAGGUGAUUCUCCAGCUUUGUCCCGACUGGUUCCAGGUCACAGGCUGUGGGCAGAUCGACAUGGGCGUCAUGUUCUAGGCCUCAUAGAGGAUUACAGCGCUCUCAGCAAACAGAUCAGAGAGGCCAAAAGAAUCACUGCAGCUAUGGAUAAUCAACUACAGGACAGGUUCGUGGAGUGUGCAGGUUUUUCAGGUAGUGUGAGCACCAUGCAGCAGGUGUUAGAGGAAGCUGGGCGAUUGCUAAAACUGCUCUGGAGAGUAUCGCUACCCACAGGAGACCUCACACACACUCAGCAGAAUGAAGUGCUGAGGAGUGAGAUCACUCAGCUGAAAAGCAGACUGACUCAGCAGGAGCGAAUGCUGACUGGCACUGUCAAACGACUCCGAUCUACCAACCAGCUCAAAGAGGGCAUGGAGCGGAUCAUCAUCGAGCAGUUGUCACUGACUCACAGAGUGUUAAAGAAAGCACGAGGAAACCUUGAGUCUAAGUAUUUCAAUGUUUUGGGGAUAAAAGACCUACAGAUGGAAGGAAAUCCCAUUGAAUGCCCAGUGACCAGUCAACAGACAGACAUCGCUUUCUAAUCUGCCUCCUGUAUUCUACCUGUCCAGGACACUAUUUCUGUCAAUCAUGUCUGAUAUCUGAAGCUCUAAUUAGAUGUCCAUGAGAGAAUUUUAAUGUGCUUGGAUUUAGAUUUGGAGGCACCAAAUAAAAUGCACAUUUUACAGAGGCUUAUCUCGUAAAUAUUGAAUGUCUUUUAGUUCUUUAUUUAAUGCCUUUUUAACAUGUUCCUUUCAUAGAUCUUGCUUUUGUCCACUGCCUGAUUGAUGUAAUGUCAUAUUUUAUACUGUAUUCAUUAACAGAGUUCUAGUUUAUCUAAAAGGGCUUAAAGAUUGUGGUACAGAUGCAUUAAAACUCUUCAGCACUGA